AUGACAUCAGCCGCACACACCAAUCUCAUACACACGGCCGCAUGCCUGAUCAUCGGCGACGAGGUCCUGGGCGGAAAGACCAUCGAUACCAACUCGCCUUUCCUCGCUAAAUUCUGCUUCUCCCUCGGCAUACAGUUGAAGCGCGUCGAGGUCGUCCCCGAUGAUGAAGAGGAUAUCAUGGAGGCUGUGCGCCGUAUGAGCUCACGCUACGACUUCGUCGUUACAAGCGGAGGAAUUGGUCCAACCCACGACGACAUAACCUACUCUUCAAUCGCAAAGGCAUUCAACCUAAAACUCGAACUCCACAAACCAGCCUUCGAACGCAUGAAGACACUCUCCCGCCCACACCCCCUCCAACCGAAUUUUGACUGGGAAACCCCCUCCCCCGGCCUAACUGCCAAACUCCGCAUGGUCGAGCUCCCCUUCGAUCCCAAAAUCCCCGCAGAUCAGCAAGCCGUCUUCGUCGCAGAUGACAUGUGGGUUCCCGUCGCCGUCGUAAAUGGAAACGUACACAUUCUGCCCGGUGUCCCGCGACUCUUUGAGAAAUUGCUCGAGAACCUUAAGCCCUCUUUGGUUCCUCGUCUUUCUGAUCCGGAGGGUAAGGGGACUUUUAGAUUGAUGAUUAGUACGCCUUUGCCGGAGAGUGCGGUUGCGCCGUAUCUUACUACACUUGCACAGAAGGUGGAGUCGAAGGGUGUCAAGGUUGGUAGUUAUCCAAGGUGGGGGAAGAAGCGGAAUACUGUUACGCUUGUUGGGACUGAUAAGGAUUUGAUCGAGAGUUUGGUUAAAGAGGUUGAGGCUGGUGUGCAGGGAACGAGGGUUUCGAAGGAAGAUGAGUUGGAUGUUCCGGAGGGAGAUCAGGUUUAUAGUCAGUAG